UGCAUAAACUUGCAGGCGUUCUACUGCAAUUAACAAAGGAAUUGGUGAAGACAAUUUCGUGUCGUUAUUUGGUUUUAUAGUGAGUUAUAGUUGGUGAUUAAACUCUGGAAGGAAUUGUUGUGUAGUGAUUUUAGGCGAAGGGGGAUUCAAAUAGUUUUAUUUAUGGUAUAUGCUCCAGUCGUUACUUCAGCCAAGAGAUAAUCAGCGGUGCCUGGUGUUGUACAGCGAAGAUGAUUGGUGCUAUGCCAGCGGUGGCGGUUCGCCAUGAGCGACGACGCAAUGAGAAACGAGGAGGGGGAGGGGGGCGGAGACCAUCGCAGCUGCCUCUGCAGCUCGGCCGACCCAUGGACGCUGAUGCCACGCCCUCGCCGGAUCAUCAUCGGCUGAGGAAUGAGCUCUACGUGUGUGGCAAGUAUGCGCAGGUGGCAGCCCUUCACGCGGUGGUGGGAUCCCUUCUCCUAGGGAUCGUGGUACUGGUGGUGGGGUUGGUGCAGUUGUCACCAGGAGCUGAAGCUGCUCAGCAUCGAUACUAUCUGAUGGGAGCUGGUGCCGCGCUGGUCGGGGCUGGCAUACUUGGCGCUGUACUGAGAUGCAUCUGCCUGCACUGGUACAACCGCAAAUUCCGUCAGGAGACCGAAGAGGACCCUGAGCCUACCACCCACAAGAACGGAGUCAGCGUCGUGGAUGGUGGACCCGACCACAAGUCUGGCCAUCACGACCACAAGGGACACGACCACAAAGGUCACGACCAUAAGGCCGGACAUGACAAGACACCGCAUGAACACAAAGGCCACGACAAGACUCCGCAUGAGAAUAAGGGCCACGACAAACACGGACAUGAUCACAAAGUCGUUGACAAGCCAAAACUGAAGACUCAGGCCAGUGUGGGACGCGAUGUAGACCUGAUCAAGCAGCCAUCGGCCGCCAGCGACACUUAAGCUAAGUCCCGACCACUAGGCUAACGUAUGUUAAGCGUUCGUGUAACGUGUGUAACGGAACGGGUGAUCCCGCAUCAUUUACUAGUAUACUUUGUAUGUCGCGGCAAUGUUGGUUGUUUAUUCAUUACUCGAUAUAUUAGAUUUGUGUCGAUGACAAUAGAUUUCUGGAUUCGUCUGUCAACUGCCUUCAGUGAUUUCUUGCCUCAUUCCUUAGCAGUCAGUUUCACAACUAUGAUCGCAAAGAUGUACUUAUUUUCUUCAGCUCUUUACUGAGGUCGGAUUGAAAGUUCUAGUUUAAUCUGAAACUUCCCGUACUUAACGUGACCUUUUCCAAUAACUUAUUCAUAUGGUACGCCACUGGGCGUACUCAUAUUCCCAGUCGCGUUUUCAAAUAGUUUCACGACCACACUCGCGUCUGCUGACGUCAAACUCGCGUUCAACAAACUAACAAACACUAACAUUUUAAUUUGAUAAUAAUCUACUCAAGCAUUAUCUAAGAUAAACAGUUUAUUUUCGUAUAACGUUACUCGGAACAUUCUAGUACUUAGAUUUUAGUAGAGUCUACUAAAAGUAAUUUUAAUGUACUUACCAUUUAAUUUUUAAUUAAUCUAUCUUGUAUGGAUUUUGAAAAUGGAACCGCCGCCAUUAUGCAUGUCUGUGUUAGCAGUUUGCGUGAAUGAGAGACAAUGUCGUGGUUGUACAUUUGGCGACUUUAUUCUUCAAACUCCGUACAAUUGUUUAAUCGUAAAUCUUCCAGUCUGUUCUCACGUAUCCCUUACUGUAAUUUAACUUGUAAAUAUUUUGUAAUGUGUCUACAUAAUUAUUGUCUUUUGUAUGUAAUAUUAUGGUAUGUAUACAAUGUUAGUUACAUAUCAUUUUAAUUAGGAUUUACCAUUUAUUCACACGUAGCUCUCACCGAUCAUUUGAAAUUUUUAAAUCUUUACUUGCUUCCUUAUUUGACACGUCAAAAUUUUCAAAUUGGGAAUAUUUAUAA